AUGGUGAGGAGUGGUCGUCAUAGAGUCUUUAAUAGCGACAGUAAGAGUGGCCGUGAUAAAGUUCUUUAUGGCGACGACAAAAGUGGUCGUCAUAGAGUCUUCUAUGGCGACGGUAAGAGUGGUCGUGAUAGAGUCCUAGAUGGCGACGGUAAGAGUGGUCGUGAUAGAGUCUUAUAUGGCGACGGUAAGAGUGGUCGUGAUAGAGUCCUAUAUGGCGACCGUAAGAGUUGUCGUGAUAGAGUUCUAUAUGGCGACGGUAAGAGUGGUCAUGAUAGAGUCCUAUAUAGCGACGGUAAGAGUGGUCGUUAUAGACUAUUCUAUGGCGACGGUGAAAGUCGUCGGCAUAGAGGGCUUUAUGGCGACGGUACUAAAUUGGUCGCUGUAUGUGUAUUUGGGCAAUAA